AUGGGACGAGCUCAAAGAUGGCUCGAAGAGGUGGAGGAGAAAACCAUUUGGAUGCUAUUAAUACUAAUCUUUAAGAUCAUAAUUGAUCAUCACAUUUUCAGCUCAAAAAUCACUAACGGGGAAAAGCUGUCAGCAGAGAACGCCAACAGCUGGAACGCCUCCUCGAAUUACACCUAUUAUAUUUCUUUAGCAAAGCUUUGUGACGGGGUCUGUAUCUUCCUUCUCGUCGUUGGUCGUCACCACUAUUUCCUCAACUUCCUAUUUAUGUUGGCGUUAAGUUUUGUUCUGAGUGGAAUAGUUGCUGCCAGUGAAAGUGCUACAAUCAAAUUAAUCUUAGCCAAUUUGAUUGAUCUCUUAAGUACAAGUACAAAACCUAGUAAUGGUUUUGGGAACUCAAUGAUUGCCCUAACAUCAACCAUCACAAAAACCGUAACAGCUACCCCUUUCCCCGAAUGUUAG